AUGUGUGCUUCACGUAACCAUUGGGUAAAGGCAUACUUAAAAGAUACUUUUUUUGCUGGAAUGCCUACAAGUGGCCGAAGUGAGAGCAUCAAUGCAUUUUUUGAUGGAUAUGUCAACUCCAACACAAUGUUAAAUGACUUUGUUACCCAAUAUGAUAAAGCAAUCAAGUCUAGAAGAGAUGCAGAAGAAGAUGAAGAUUUUAAAACUAGAAAUACAAAAGCAAAUUUGGAGAGUAAUCAUCCAAUUGAAGCAAUAGCUGGAGAGCGCAACAUAAGAAAACUAUGGACCAUGAAUGCAAGCUAUAAGGCUGAAAAUCUUUUGUAUGUUCAUUCUGAAACAACAACCCGUGAAGUAAGUGAGUUGUCUUUGUUGUCAACUCAGUCGAAGUGCAAUUUGGCUAUUUCUGAAGCAAAAGAUUGUUUUCAUGAAAUUAGAAGAUUUGAUGCUAUUGUUGAUAAAUUUAUUCAACAACAAUUAGAAAGAAAGAGAAAAAGAACCGAAGAAGAAACCAUAACCUCAAUUGUACCUUCGCAAAGUGGUUUCAUUCCUUCUCAAGUUUCACUUAAUUAUGUUCGAGACCCCACUCAAGCAAUCAAAACUAAGGGGCGUCCAAAAGUUGCUUCACGAAUAAAAUCAAGCAUUGAGUUAGCAGUCAAACAACAAAAUGCUUGCAGUUAUUGUCGAGAGAAGGGUCAUAAUAAGUCCAGUUAUGGAUGCUGCAAGAGAGAAGCAAAACGAAUAAUAGUUUCAUUUGAAAGCUGUCCCUGA